AUGAGUAAGAAAAAUAGCUUUCCAGCAGAUAAUGAGGAAAGGCCUUUCAAAUGUGAGAUUUGCGCGCGAGGGUUUCAUAGAUUGGAGCAUAAAAAGAGGCACAUCAGAACGCAUACAGGCGAGAAACCGCAUCGUUGCACUUUUGGAACUUGCGGGAAGAGCUUUAGUCGAAGCGAUGAGCUGAAAAGACAUGCAAGGACCCAUUCAGGCAGCUCUCAUCGAAGAUCCAAGAGGGAUAAAUGCGUAAACAAGCCCACCUCUGUACAGGAAGAUAGCUCAGUACUGUCAGCGAUUGCGCCGAGCGCGGACGUUCUGCAUCACUUACCAGGCAUAACGGCUUCUCCGCCGGGGACUACUCUGCCUCCAGUGGUUAUACCAAUAGUGGUUCCGCCAAGGCUGGCAAGUAACAAAGCCGUACCGAACGCCGCGUCGCCUGCUUUGGGCAAUCCAUUAACGUCGCCACAUCCCGCUCACCUGGCCCCGCCGGCUCUACCUCUGUAUUACAACUCUUCCAGCUCGCUGGCAUCGACCGACGUGGGGUCCUCGAUCUUCUCCGGAUCCGGCAGUUUCCUUGCAGCCUCUGUUCCGGGUACACCAGUGAGCCUGAAGGAACCAAGUCAGGCCAAGCAACCGCAGAGGAAGUUCACAAAGACGCUAAACUCAGUUCUGAGCUCACUACAAGGCAUGACACCGCUACAGACAAGAUUCACGAGGAACGACACACUUUCGCUGCCCACUUCCCCGGUGGGGUCUCGGCCUGUCUCUGCAGCUAGCAGCGUCGUCUCGUUGGCGACCAUGCUGAACAACGACGAUCCCAGGACGUUCAAAGAGCAGCUCGGUGGGGCUUACCUGGAUAGCAAGCGCCCGAGUCUCAGCAUGGCCCGCAGAACACCGGGCAAAGCCAGUUUUCAAUUGACUACAGACGACGAAGACAACGCAGACGAUGAGGGCGACGAUCUCGACACUGGCGACGCACUCAACGGAUCGCAUCCGGCCAAAAUCAAGCUACCGCCAAUAAGCAACGUUUUAAAGCAGAUACAUAACUUUCAAGACGCAAAUGCAGCGGUGAUUGACGGGAACAAUGUACAAUAG